UGUGCGUCUGACGAAAGACCCAAACAGGAAGCGUUGCUGUCAGACAAGUAGAAACGUGAAAGUCAAAGCGAAAUGUUAAAAGACAGUGAAUUUAAUGGAAUAUGUCGUUGUUAGUCUCUUUUAGCUGUCGCCACAUGGAGUGUUUUUAGCGGGUUUCGUGUGACAAAGUGCUGCUUUAGUUACGAUGUUCCGGGCUGCAGCUACAAUGUUCUCUGUUACACCUUCACUUUGUCGAGGAGUGUUGUUCAGUAUUCGACAUUAUUGUAGGAGGACGCCAACUAAACUCAGAGUAUCACAGGCAUUUUCUGGAGCUGAACUGGGAGCCAGUGUCAAAGUGCAGGGAUGGGUUCGCUCUGUUAGAUCUCAGAAGGCAAAUCUCUUUCUCCACCUGAAUGAUGGCAGCUCUUUGCAGUCAUUGCAGGUUGUCGCCAGUCCAGAGCUGAAUGAUCCGUCGCUCACAUUCGGCAGUGCUGUUGAAGUCACAGGUGUGCUUAAGAAAAGUCCACAUCAACAUCAGCCAGUUGAACUAGAAGCAGAUCAAAUCCACAUAGUUGGAGAAUGUAACCCUGUGGAUUUUCCCUUUAAAAUCAAAGAGAGACACAGCCUUGAGUAUAUACGCCGGUUUCCUCAUCUCCGCUGUAGGACAAACGCCUUCAGCUCCCUGCUGAGAGUACGAAGUGAGGCCACCACGGCAAUUCACUCAUAUUUCAAGGAAAAUGGUUUUGUGCAGAUUCACACUCCAGUCAUCACCUCAAAUGACUGCGAAGGAGCCGGGGAGCUCUUUCAAGUUGAGCCAUCAAGCUCAGAGAGAGAAGAAAAUGAGAACUUUUUCUCUGUACCGGCCUUCCUGACUGUGUCUGGUCAGCUUCAUCUGGAAGUGAUGUCAGGGGCCUUCUCCAGGGUCUACACAUUUGGGCCUACUUUUCGGGCAGAGAACUCCCAAAGCAGACGCCACCUGGCUGAGUUUUACAUGGUGGAGGCCGAGGUCUCCUUCACAGAGUCCUUAGAGGAUCUCACCAAGGUCAUGGAGGACAUGUUCAGAUCCGCCACGGAGCAUGUCCUGGCUCACUGUGCCGAGGAUGUGGAUUUGUUUCACAAGCAUGUGACUCCUGGACACAGGAACACUGUAGAUUUUAUGCUGAAGAAGAGAUUCCCCGUGAUUACCUACAGUGAGGCGAUAGACAUCCUCAACCGCAGCUCUCAGAAAUUUGCAUUCCCAACACACUGGGGAUGCGACCUUCAGACAGAACAUGAGAAGUACCUGGUGAAACAUUGCGGCAACAUUCCAGUCUUUGUCACUGAUUAUCCUUAUGACCUCAAGCCUUUUUAUGCAAGAGACAACAAGGACCAUCCGGAGCAUACAGCAGCUGCAGUGGACCUUCUCGUGCCAGGAGUUGGAGAGCUCUGUGGGGGCUCGCUGAGAGAGGAGAGGCUGGAUUUGCUGAGGGCUCGGCUAGAAGAGGUUGGAUUAGAAGACACUUACAGCUGGUAUCUGGAUCUGAGGCGUUUUGGCUCCGUCCCUCAUGGCGGCUUCGGUCUGGGAUUUGAGCGAUAUUUGCAGUGCAUUCUUGGUGUUGACAGCAUAAAAGAUGUGAUUCCUUUCCCCAGGUUUUCCCAUUCAUGUCUUCUAUAAAACAGUUGCGUGCCUAGGAGAUAUUUUUUUUUGAGUCAGUGAAGUCUGUUUUUGUUGUUAUUCAAACACUGAAUAAAUGCUACAUUAAAUAUUG